GGAAGAUUCGAGUACCAGAGUCAAAAUCAUGUUUCAUCAAAACGUAUUGUUGGCGAUUCUGUACAGGGGAACAAAGCAAACAUCGAGCUGAUUACCAUCGAGUAUUUAAUGCUUCAGCAUCACAAGCGUACGAUGGCUCGGUCUGGUUAUUACUUCACCACACAGCACCUGAAGAUAAUGCAGCUACUCGUUCGGCUAGGCACCAGUUCGUACAGUGCAGUCCGUAUCGAUGCCCAGAGGAUUUUGGACGACUGCGUGCAAUCAUUUCCAUAUUCUUAUCUCCUAGUCCUCGACGAAAUUCUUGGCUUUCUCAAGGAAUCAAGUGACAUAUCCCAUGAACAAUUUAAAGGAGCUUUAUACAUGCUUCUGUAUGGAAAACGAUCAUCGAUCUGUGUUCGGCAAAGCUGGCAAACACUGUUCCGGGUCUGGCCAGCGCUUGUAGAAGCCCAGCAUUCCGAGAAGCCGUCCGUGAUCGGACUCAUCGAGUUGGCCCAAAAUACUGUUGUUGAUAAUUUCGAAUCUUUUCAGAUCAAUUUCAAGGUGCCAGAUGGCGCGAUUGCAGCGGCGUUCCAGUUCUAUGGUGGUGAAUCUGGCGAAAGCAUUCAUCGGCCGGCAUGGCCACUACCGAGCGCUGAGGAAAUGGAAGCUGCUCGCAAGAGGGAAAUUGCUGUAUGCAAAGAGAGAGAACGGUAG